AUGCUUCUGCUUCUUUCUCUGGUUACUGGGCUUGCCCUGUCUGCCUUUGGUGCCAUGACAGACAAAGAGACUGAUCCAAGCCAAGAGUCACUUCAUGACAUACAGAAGAAAGUGAAUGACCUCUGGAAGAAUUUGCUGUAUCCAGUGCUGCCUGGCAAUGAGACUGAUGGGCUGAUUUAUGCCACUUGUGAAAUGAAGCCCAGCUCCAAAAUAGAUGCUGAAAAGCCACAAGUGACUGGGCAGGUCUUAUUCCGACAGUAUUACUCAUAUGGAAGGUUAGAAGCCAUUUUUCACUUGGAUGGGUUUCCAGUGGGUAAUAACCAGUCUGGUCGAGCUAUACACAUCCACGAGCUCGGGGACCUCAGCAACGGCUGCGACUCCACGGGUGGGCACUACAACCCCUUCAGUGUCAACCACCCCCGCCACCCAGGGGACUUCGGCAACUUCUUUCCCAGAGAAGGCAAGAUCAGAAAAUACAAGCCGAAUCUCUUUGCCACUCUGUCUGGUCCCUAUUCCAUCAUGGGCAGAUCCAUUGUGAUCCACGAGCAGGAAGAUGACAUGGGCAAGGGCAACAACAAGGCCAGCCUGGAAAACGGAAAUGCUGGGAAACGUCUGGCUUGCUGCGUGAUUGGGAUGUGCACCAGGAACCUCUGGGAAGAGAAACUCUCAGAAGUGACAGACAAGAAGAAGAGAGGCCUCAACAAACGGUCACAGAACCAGGCUUAG